AUGUGGUGGAAAUUCAUCGUCGAUGUUACGAAUGAGUACAAGAUCCUGCGGGGUAUGCUCUCCUACUCCGCACUCUGGCCGAUAGGAAGCCUCAUCCAGCAGACGUUCGAGGGCAAACGGCUGCACACGUAUGACUGGGAGCGCUGCCUUCGCUACAGCCUGUACGGAACGUUCGUCUCGGCCCCGAUGCUCUACACGUGGAUGCGCUGUGCCAACAUCAUGUGGCCCCGGACGGACUUCCGGUCUUCGCUGGCCAAAGCGUUCACCGAGCAGGCCGCCUACGACCCGUUCGCCAUCGUGUUCUUCUUCUACGGCAUGAGUAUCCUCGAGCGAAAGACACAGCAGCAGGCCGGCGACGAGGCGAAGGCCAAGUUCUGGGACACCUACAAGGUGGGUUUCUUCUACUGGCCUGUGGUGCAAACCGUCAACUUUUCGCUGAUCAAGCCGAAAAACCAGAUCAUCGUGGCCGGUUUCUUCAGCCUCAUCUGGACCACGUUUUUGGCGUACAACAAGUCGAGUCAGAAACCGCAACAAAUACUCCAGGUGGCGUAG